UUCCAUUCCAAGCGUGCGUCGUCAUCCAACCGUGAAAUUUGUUUACAAAUGGUGGAUGCGUGGAAACAUUUAGUCCUUGUUGCUACAAACGAUCGCACUUUCAUUCAGUAUGUCUGAGGGUGAACAAAGUAUUUUAUCUCCUUGGGAAAUCGACGUCUACAUCGAGCAUUUAAAAAUUACUGAUCUUGAAGAUGUUGGUACAAAAGGAUGGUUUGAGUAUCACCAAAGAUUGAUGCUGUUAAACCAACAAAAUGUUUUUGAAAUAAGUAGCUUUCGCGAAGAAAGUGUUAAAGAAGCGUUUGUCACGUUUAAAAAAAUCCCCAUUCUAAUUUAUGAAGCCAUACAAAUAAUGAUAUGGAAGCAAAAAGUUUACCCUCUCUUGAUACAGUUAUAUGGGGAACCAGCAAACACAUUUCUCCUAUUUAGUGUAUUUUAUCAUGAAGAAAUGGCUGUAUCACUUAUUGAGAACGUUUUGUACCAUUCUGAUAGUGUUGAAACCAUGGACGAUUCAAUCAUUGAUCUAAUUGAUUAUGCUGUUAGCUAUAUCACUAUGCUUCUUUACUCUGAAACCUCAGAACCUAAUGACAAACUAUCAAGUUCAUGUCUCGAAGAAUUAGAGGAAAAGAAAAGGCAAAUAGAAUUUGAUAUUGGAAUAAGGUGCAUUUCUAUUCUACGUUACUUGGCUGAAUUUGCUGAUAACUUGCCUUUGUGUGCAUUGUCACGUAUGUUAACUACAAAUGAUGUACCUUAUUUACUUGCUCAAUUAAUAGAAAUGAAGCCAUGGAGAAGGCGAAACAAAGAAGGUGAAACCAUGAUUUAUAAUGGAAAGUGGGAAAAGAUAGAAAUGAGCGAUUUUGAUAAAGUUUGCAAAAUCGAAGGUCAAGUAUGGUUUGGUCUGCGUGAAUUGCUAUUGAAUCCAAAAUGUGCUCCAUACUAUGAUAUUACAGAAGUUCGAAUGGGUCAAUUGUCUAAAUUGCAGAAGUAUAUCCAAGAACAUGUUCUUGAUCAAAUAGCACCAUUGAUAGAUCUACGUAGAUGGUUGAGUUAUUUAAACAUGUCCUCACAAACUCCGAAUUCUCAAAGACCAAUAAAUGUUGAAGUCAUACCAGAGAUAAGUUCUUCAAUCAAAGAAAAAUAUAACAAAAGAUGGAAUAGGUUGGCUGAACAUCAAGCUAAGACUCUAUUUUCAAAAGAUAUAGAGCAUAUAAAAAGUAUGGCACAAAUUUUAAGCGAAGCUUAUGAUUUUGAUAAGCUUGAAAUAGUGGAUUCAAAAAAAUGCUUCCGAUGCAAGGAAGUAGCUAAAAACCGAUGUUCUAGAUGCAAAGAAGCUUGGUAUUGUGGAAGAGAAUGCCAAGUCAAAGAUUGGACAAAUCACAAAACAAUUUGUAAAAACAUUGUAAAGUCUCAAGAGUAUUGUGAUAGUUCAGAUUAAGAUUAUUGAUAACAUUGAAAUAUUUCAAUUUCUAUGUUUUAAUACUUCAGGCAAUCCUUUAAUUUAUGAAAUAAAUUAAAUAGCUUUCAAUUUGUUUUCAAUAUUAUUUAUUAAAAGAUACCUAGUGUACAGAGCUUUGUUUCAGAUAUUCCAUUAGAACAUCUUUGGCAGGGGUCUCCUCACCAAAGUCCUGUAACAAAAAGCAAUAUAUGUAUUAUUAUCAA